AUGAGCACUUUGUGCCUUGCCACGGAGGGAGCCAGCCCUGCCUGCUGGAGCCAGCCCGGUGGGAAGGCAUCCCAGUGGAGCUGGAAUGAGGAGAGCCACGACAACGGGAGCCAGUGUGACAGCAGGCAGUGGAGCAAAGUGCCUGUCCCGCUGCUGCUGCUGCUGCUGCUGUGCCUGUGUGGGAGUGGGAAUGGGGCUGUGCUCUGGCUCCUCAGUUUCUGCAUCCACAGGAACCCCAUCACCCCCUGUGUGCUCAACCUGGCCAUGGCUGGCUCCAUCUUCCCGCUCUCCAUCACCAUCACGCUGGGGAUAUUUUCUGUCCCAGAGAGCUUCUGCCACCAGCUGGGCUCGUGGGCUGUGACAGCUGGGCUGAAGGUCCCCAUCCUCUUGGCUUUCACUGCUGCUGUCUCCUCUCUGACAGCCCUCAGUGCUGUCACAGCUCUGUUUGUCCUCCUGUCCUGCUGGCCCUGCCCCUGCUCCCAGUGCUUCCCGGUGCUCCUGUGUGCCCUGCUCUGGCUGCUCUCCUUCCUGCUCACUGCCACCCUCCAUUGCUGCCCUUUGGUGCCCAUGGCCUUGGUGCUGAGCUGCCCCUUCUCAGUGCUCAGCCUGCCCUGUUCUGCUCUGGCCCUGCUGGCCAGGCUCCUGUGCUGCUCAUGGAAACAGCUCCCAGGGAAGCUCUGUGCCCUGCUCCUGCUGCUCGUCAUCUCCUUCCCCUUCCUCACUGCUGAUUUUGGGCACUGGCUCUUGCUGAGGGCGUUUGACUUCUCUGUCUUUGCCCCCAGCCCCUCUCUCCUGCUCACCUGUGCCCAGAGCAGUGCCCUCCCUCUGAUUGACUGCCUGGCUGGGAGCUGUGCAAAGGAAUUCACCCCCUCUGGUUGUGUUGCCUUGCAGAGGGCUUUUGAGGGUUUUGUGCCAGAGCCAGGGCAUAGGGACUACACAGUGGAACCAUCAUCAGGUGGAAUCAUCAUGAAACAGAGUCAUCACAAUAUAGAACAAUAA